AUGAGAAGCCGUCGGAUAAAACCGAUAAAGAAUGGGAGCUUUGUCACCGUCAGGGAGAAUCCGAAUGGCAAAGGCAAAGAAAAGAAAGCUGGAGAUGGUGAAGACGGUGAGAAGGUAGCGGCGGCCACUGAUGACUUUCUUAUCAUUUAUGAAGGCGAUGCCGUCAAUGUCGCUUGCCAGGAGACUAGUUGGGUGAUCGAUAGCGGUGCUUCAAUUCAUGUCACAUCGCGAAGGGAUUUCUUCAGGUCAUACACUCCCGGUGACUUCGGAAGUGUUAGGAUGGGAAAUGAUGGUAUUGCUAAGGCAGUUGGCAUGGGAGACGUGCACUUGGAGACUGAAAAUGGCAACAUCUUAGUUUUGAGAGGGGUGAAGCAUGUUCCCAACAUUCGCAUGAAUUUGAUAUCUACUGGCAAGCUCGAUGAUGAAGGGUUUUGUAACACCUUUCGAGACGGAAAGUGGAAACUCCCCAAGGGAUCCUUGAUUGUGGCGAGAGGGCAAAAGUAUUCUUCAUUGUACGUGAUGAACGUGAAGAUUGUGGAUCCUAUGAUCAAUGCGGUGGAUGAUGAACGCACUGUGGAACUUUGGCACAACCGACUUAGCCACAUGAGCGAGAAGGGUUUGACAGUGUUGGCCAAGAAGAAUCUCCUCCCAGGUGUAAAAACGGGUUUUCUGAAGAAUGAUAGCCAAAGCGCUAUCCACCUCUCCAAGAACUCGUCAUUUCAUUCGAGGUCCAAGCACAUUGAAGUGAGGUAUCAUUGGAUUCGAAACGUUCUCGAAUCAAAACAAUUGCACUUAGCGAAAGUGCACACGAGUGAGAAUGGUGCAGACAUGAUGACGAAGACUUUGCCGAAAGAGAAGCUUGAAUCACAGGAAAUCGCCGAUUCCCGGAGAUUUCACCGUUGGAUCGUCACCAAAUUUGGACAGCAGGUCCAUAACUUCUUACUCUUCGUUUUGAACGGUGGAGAUCGGAUUUUGAGCACUUUUGGGCUGUCUGUUCGUAAGUCACCGUUUUGA